AUGACGAACAGCCUCUCUUACCUCCGCGAAAGAGUGUCUUUCAGUCACAUCUUAGCCGUCUCCAUCAUCCUGCGCGUGGGCCUCAUCGUCUAUAGCGAAUGGCAUGACGCGCGGUCAGUCGUGAAAUACACGGACGUAGACUAUCGAGUGUUCAGUGAUGCGACACACUUCCUUUUGCACCCUGGUCCGGACAACUUCGCCGAUGGCUCGCUAGGAAAUCACGCUAUAGGAAAUCCUUACACACGUGCUACCUAUCGAUAUACCCCAUUGCUGGCCGUCUUGCUUGCUCCAAACGAAUGGUUCCUCCCCUCCUUUGGGAAAUAUCUGUUUGCCGCGUGUGAUAUCGUAGCAGGCAUUCUCAUCUACCGCUUAGUUGCACGGACCACGCCUACUCGAGAUAUUUCUGGUCCUUCAAACACAAAGGCAUCCGAUACGACAGCUGCACAAACUCAGACAGACACUGUUCAGCCAUCAAAAGAUGCUAAGGCAGCACUUUGUGCAGCUGCGCAUCUUCUGAGCCCCUUCGUGUUUAGCAUAUCCACCCGCGGCUCUUCGGAGUCCGUACUAUUGCUCUUCGUACUUGGCACCCUAUCAUGCGCCCUUCGCGGCCAGUGGACGAUGGCUGCAGCACUUCUAGGCUUGUCUGCUCACUGGAAGAUAUACCCUGUUGUCUAUGGCAUCUCCUGCGUUACCGCCUUGGCUGGCGAGCAACUUGCGAAAGGACGUGCGACACUGCAUUUACGACGCGCUGUCGUUGACGUUGUAAAGUUUACCGCGGUGAGCGCUGGCACGUUCGUGGCGCUCGGGCUGUCUAUGUAUGCAAUUUGGGGUCAGCCGUUCCUAGAAGAGACGUAUCUGUACCAUAUUCACCGACGCGAUCAUCGCCACAACUUUGCGCCGCACUUCUACCCAACGUAUUUGACGUACUCGGGCAUCCAUGAUGAUGGCGCUGUGCCUUUAUGGAGAACUCUCGCUCGCUCUCCGCUGGCAAGUUUUGGCCCACAGAUGCUUCUCGCCGUAGCAGCAGGUGUGCUCCUCGCACGACGCCGUCAAGACCUCAUACUUGCAUGGUUCGUCCAGACCUUUGUAUUCGUGCUGUUCAACAAGGUCUGCACCUCGCAGUACUUCCUUUGGUACUUGCUCUUUCUACCCUUGCUCGCCCCACACUUGCGGAUAUCCUCACGCAAGGCCAUCAUCUGCGCGGUCGUUUGGUUCGGCACGCAAGCCCUAUGGCUCAGUCAAGCCUACAAGCUAGAGUUCCUAGGAGAGGGGGUGUACUACAAUCUGUGGGCGUGCGGUGUAGUCUAUGUGGCAGGUAACGCGUGGGUAGUCGGUGCAAUCUUGGAUGCGUACGAAGGCAAAUGA